UGGAUUUAACAAUGUGACUGACAAUCCGAGUUCCCAGAGUGUGGCUGUUCUUUAACCCAACAGCAUGAUUGUCAUCGGGGUCUUUACUUUGUUGUUUACCUUACAACACCUCAACGCUCAACCCGUCGUUGACGCACCGUGGGGUGUAGUUGAGGGGACAACAAACAUCACCGAGGACUGGACACCUUACCAUGCAUUUUUAGGAAUCCCCUUUGCAGUUCCACCUACAGGGAGUAGACGGUUCAAGCGACCACAGCCACAUCCUGGAUUUAACCACACCUUCAAAGCCAAAAGCUAUGGUCAAGAGUGCCUUCAGGCACUCACCUUUAUUGGCAGUGACGUUGUUGCUGGGGACGAGGAUUGCUUAACACUGAAUGUAUUCACUCCAGCCUCAAAUACGGACACCAGUAACAUUCCUGUAAUUGUCUGGAUACAUGGAGGGGGAUUCAUCGCAGGGGAUGCUUUCACUUAUGACCCUUCACUGAUCGUUGCCCAUGGACAGGUAAUAAUGGUGACCAUCCAAUAUCGCUUGGGACCGCUUGGGUUCCUUAGCACAAAGGACGACGUGUCAGCGGGAAACUAUGGCCUCUGGGACCAACAUCUUGCUCUGCUAUGGGUUAAGAAAAACAUUGCAUCUUUCGGCGGGGACAUCACCAGUAUUACACUCAUGGGAGAAUCAGCAGGAUCCGCUAGUGUGGCAUUCCAGGCCUUGUACUCAGGGUCCAAGGGUUUGUUUCAGAGGACAAUCAUGCAGAGCGGGUCUGCCUCGUCCUCAUGGGCAUAUACAAGGAACUCUCUGAAAUAUGCCCGACAACUGGCUCAAAAAGUAAACUGUUCCUUCCAGAGCGAUUCCGCAUCCAUGAUCGCCUGUCUGAGGACAGUGUCUGCCAAGAAGUUGACUGCAGCAUCAUGGCCAAUGGGAAAUGAACCCGUCACAGCAUUAGCCGAGUUCUACUUUGUACCUACCGUUGAUGGGAUAUUUGUCAAAGACGAUCCGCUAACGCUAAUGAACUCCCAAACGUACCUGAAGCAGGUAGGACUUCAAAAUCUGGACUGUAUGGUGUCCGUGGUAAGCAAUGAAGGAGGAAUCUUUAAAGGCCUCGCAAAUGCAGCUGAUAAACAGUUCCACUCCUCAUUACCCUCAUCGGUUCAGAACAAAGCAUUCUACAAGAACACCUUCAUCCCAGAAGUUCUGCAGGUUUAUUUUGGAGCAUCCUCUUCUGACAUGUCACAGUCCGUGGCGAAGGUGUAUGCCCCCUCUCAAAGUCAUACUGUUACUCUUCAGGCAGUAAUGAACACUCUUGGUGAUGCUGGAAUGGUUGCCCCCGUGACACUCUUUGUGAAGGCACAUGCAAAGCUGACCAGCAACUUGAAAACAGGGAAGAAGACAUACAUGUAUGUGUUUGACCACAUCCCAUCCUUUAUGAGCGGUCAUGGCAAGGGGGUGGAUCAUAGUGAAGACCUCAUGUAUACGUUUGGUCUCAGCAAAUCUUUCAUCGCUGAUUUCACAAAAGCGUUCUCAUACAGUAUAACAGAUCCAGACCAAUCCGAAAAGAAGCUGGCACAUGCGAUGAUGGGACUGCUGACAGAUUUUGCAAGACAUGGUGAUCCCAACAACGCUGUACAGUAUGGCCUGCACCAGACUUGGCCUCAGUUCUCGGAGCCAGGGGAACACUAUCUACUGCUGAAUACCACAAUGUCCGUCGGAUCCAAGCCCUACAAGGACCGGGUCACCUUAUGGACGCAGACACUGCCGCGUCUCCUUCAAGCUGCACAGAACCAGCAUCACACGACGAAGAACCCCCAACCUAACAUUGUCGGUUAGCCAUGCAACGACUGCAAGAUGCUGACUUUUCGAAUUAAAAAAGUGGGAUUUCA